GUCAUGCCAGAGACCAUGGUUGAGUGCAGUGUUAUACAAGCCAAGUAAUUAACAGGUGAGGGCUUUUGGCCUAUAUACUGUCGAGGAAAAAUGAUCAUAAGUCCCUUUUGAACUGAGCUUGCUUGCCUGAAUGAAUGGUCAACUCAUUGUUGAACAAAGUUCAAGUCUUUCUCCGCUGGAAGUACGCUCACUUUUGGCGAGUGAACAUGGGUAUGAACUCUCCAGCUAGCAUAGAUGAUAUCAAGAUCCUGUAUAAAAGUGAGAACUUUGUAGCAGUGGACAAGCAUUAUGAUGUGAAGAUUAAUAGUGACGACCCCAAGGAUACGAUCACAGUUGCGACCCAAUUAGCUCAUCUUCAUCCAGAAUUGGUGGAUAGCAGUCUUCCUCAUAGUUUUAGAUUCAUUCACAGGCUUGACUAUUCAACCAGUGGAGCUCUAUGUCUUGCCCUGAACAAGAAGGCUGCAGCGAAUGCUGGGAAAAUGUUCAAGGACAGGAGAGUUACCAAGCGAUAUCUAGCACUGGUCAGAGGUCACGUCACGGAGGAUACCAUGAUGAUCGAGAAGGCCAUCUACCCGAACCCCGAGGAGGAUCUCAGUCACAUGAUGAAGGUGGAUGAUGGGGAGUGUCCUACCGGUACCAGGCUUCUGAGUGCCCUGACUAGACUAGAGGUGCUACAGAGAGGGGAAUAUGACAGCGAACCUGCUACUAAGCUUCUACUGCAGCUACACACAGGGCGCAGGCAUCAGCUCCGCAUCCACUGCCAGAGCAUAGGUCAUCCCAUCGUUGGGGACUACACCUAUAGCAUGCGGAAAGAUGUGAGUCCGUACCGUAUGAUGCUCUUAGCCCAUACACUCCACAUACCGAUACCAGGAGAAGACAUUGAUGUGACUGCAGAAGAUGUGUUCACACAAGACAACGAUCCCAAAUGGAUCCCAUACCAAGAGGAUAGGUAGCAUAUGCCAUGUUCAUACUUUGGAUUUUUAAAAACUCUUGUGCAAUGACUUUAGGAAAAAACGUUGGUGUGAUGGAAGAAGAUGUGUUCACACCAGCGACCAAGGUGAUAGGUAGCAUAUGUCAUGUUCAUGCUUUGGAUUUUUAACAGCUCAUGUGCAAUGCCUUCCAGGAGAAAACAUUGAUGUAAUGACAGAAGAUGUGUUCACACAAGACAAUGAUUGGAAGUGGAACCCAUACCGAGAUGAUGUGUAGCAUGUUGUGUUCACACAAUGGAUAUUUAAUGGCCAAUUUGCAAUGACUUCCAGGAGGAAGCAUUAAUGCAAUGGUAGAUGUGUUCACACAAGACAGUGAUUGGAAAUGGAUCCCAUACCCAGAUGAACGGUAGCAUAUGCUGUAUUCACAUCGCCAGUUUACAACAGGUUAUGUCGACAGACUUACACAUAUGAGGAUGACACAUUGAUAUUACUGGAGAGGAUGCUAUUACUCGAGCCUAUGAUCCAAAAUGGACUUUUUAUCAUGAUGGUUUGCGUGUAAUCUAAUUGUCAGCAG